AUGUAUUUCAUUGGUCAGACCUCUUUCCAGAGCCGCAGGCUGGAGGGAGAAGGCCUGGGGUCUGGUCUGCUCAGGAGGAUUUCAGCCAGGAAGUCUCGACAGUGCGGUAACAGCCCACGAGCUCAGAACGCCAGCUACAUGGGGAUCGGAGACGACGGCGGCGCAGGAAGGCUGAGUCGACGCUUUUCCCGCUUGAGUGGCAGGCGGCAUUCUCGGGAGCCCGGCAGGGCACACGCUCAACCCGAGAGAUCUCCUGCUCCACCCCCGGAGCGACCAGCUCGUCAAGCUAAGAAAAUUCCACCCAAGCGGCCUGACAAAGCUACCAAGCCCAAACUUCCGCCUCGGCCUCUUUCCAAGGUGUUUAGUAGUACUGACCAUGGCUCAGCUGUGUUACAGGGUUUGAAUGUUUUCAGGACCAGUGACGUACUGUGCGAUGUGGUUUUGGUUCCAGGAGACUGUGAGGAGACUUUCCCAGUGCAUCGAGUCAUUAUGGCUUCAUCCAGUGACUACUUUAAAGCCAUGUUCACAGGAGGUAUGCGCGAGACGGAUAUGCGUGAGAUCAAGCUGCACGGCGUCACCAAGUUGGGCCUGAAGAACAUUUUAGAUUUCAUAUACACCUCGAAAGUCAGCCUGGAUAUGAGCAACCUCCAGGAUACCCUGGAGGCCGCCAACUUCUUGCAGGUCAUGCCUGUACUCAAGUUCUGCAACCAGCUUCUGAGCAGUGAGAUCACAGUUGAUAAUUGCGUGGAAGUAGAAGGCAUCGCAUCUGACUUAAUCUUGGAGGAUGUGCAAAAGAAUGUCUCCGAGUUUGUGGGCCGCAACCUGUCAACAUUGGUGCAGUGCGAUCGCUAUCUGCAACUCUCCGAGAAGACCAUCGUCGGAGUCUUGGCCAGCAACUCAUUGAGGGGUUUCUCCGAAAUGGAGCUCUACCACAUCGCCAAAGGCUGGCUGGCUCACGAUUGUGCCAAGCGCCGCCAUUCCAUCUACGCCUUGAUGCGUCACAUUCGCUUCCCUCUGAUGAGCCCUUCAGAGCUGAUUCAAAUCUCCCAUGAAGGAGAUGACAAGGACGAGGAAGGCGAAUCCCUAAUGCGUUCUGAGACCUCUUGCGUCAACCUUCUGCUUGAGGCCAGUAACUAUCAGAUGAUGCCUUUCAUGCAGCCAGUACUCCAAAGCGAGCGAACCCAGAUCCGCUCGGACACCACCCAUAUCGUGACAUUGGGCGGUGUCAUGCGGCAGCAGCUGGUGGUGAGCCGUGAACUGAGAAUGUACGACGAUAAGACAGGUCACUGGAGAGCCCUCAAACCAAUGGAAGUUCCUUGCUACCAACAUGGCGUGGCCCUUCUAGGCGGCUUUCUCUUCAUUGUUGGAGGUCAGAGUACCUACGACACCAAGGGUAAGACGGCCAUCGAUAGCGCCUAUCGCUACGACCCGCGCUUCAAUGUGUGGCUUCAGAUCGCAUCGCUGAAAGAGAAGCGGACUUUCUUCCACCUAAGCGCCCUGAAGGGGCAACUCUACGCAGUUGGUGGCAGGAAUGCAGUUGGUGAGAUUGACUCGGUGGAGUGCUACAACUUGAAGACAAAUGAGUGGACCUUUGUGAACAGCAUGGCCCAAUCUCAUUAUGGUCACGCCGGGACGGUCCAUGACAACAUGUUGUACAUCUCAGGCGGCAUCACCCAUGAUGCCUUCCAGAAGGAGCUGUGGCGCUACGACCCGGCGGCUGACGAGUGGACCCGGCGGGCUGACAUGAAGGAGUUGCGAGGCCUACAUUGCAUGUGCACAGUGGGGGACCGCCUCUUCGUAAUGGGUGGGAACCACUUUCGGGGCAGCAACGACUACGAUGACGUGCUGGGCUGCGAGUACUACAGCCCCGCAGACAACCAGUGGACGGUGGUGGCGCCCAUGCUGCGGGGCCAGAGUGACGUUGGCGUCACAGUCAUGCAAGGCCAGAUCUACGUGGUGGGCGGAUAUUCAUGGAACAGCCGCUGCAUGGUGGACAUUGUGCAGCGCUACGACCCCGAGAAGGACGAGUGGGACCGCGUGUUUGACAUCUUGGAGCCUCUGGGCGGAAUUCGAGCCUGCACACUGACUGUUCAUUUGCCGGAGGGGUCAGUGGAUGAGGCUCACAUUCAGGAAGGACCUCUGCCCACAGGCGAGAAUUGA